AUGAAAGCAUCUCUACGUUUAGUGUUUAUCAUAUUUUUACUCAUUGCUAUUGCUUCUAUGAGUUGUAAAAUCGCAGUUCAUAAAGUGUUUAGUUCCAGAUCCACACAGUAUGGGAUAUCAUCAUUAAGAUUACAAGGAAAUGAAAUUAACAAAACGCUGAUUAGGUAUGCAGAGAUCGAUAUAGGAAAGGAGAAGACAAAGAAAGAUAUAGAAUAUCUGUUACAAGGGAGUUCUGGUGGAGGGAGAAAUAGAUCGUCAUAUGAUAAUCAUCGUAGGGAGGUUGAGUUUUGGUCGUCUACCCGUGGUAUACAUGUUAGUCUUCGUUCGCCAAACCCUUAUAAACAAUUGUUAGAAUUUCGUAGAAUUCUUCGUGGUUGGUUUAGGAAUAAGAUGUUUGAAAGUGAUGAUGUUAUGAGGGGAUUGGUUAGUCAAGCGAAACGGCCGGUGGAUAAGCAUUAUGGCUUUGAGAAUUUUGAUAGGAAGUAUGAUUCGUGUGCAGUUGUGGGGAAUAGUGGGAUUUUGUUGAAAACUGAAUAUGGAGAUAUGAUGGAUAACCAUGAGUUUGUGGUUCGGUUGAAAAAUGCCAGAACCAGGGGGUAUGAGAACUAUGUUGGGUCGAAAACUAGCAUUUCGUUUAUUAAUAGCAACUUGUUGCAUCUUUGUUCUACAAGGGAGACGUGUUCUUGUCAUCCUUACGGUGAAAUGGUUCCGAUUGUUAUGUAUAUUUGUCAAGCAAUACAUUUGAUGGAUUAUAUAGUAUGCAAUUCUACACAUAAAGCUCCGUUGCUUACUACAAAUGCGAGGUUUGAUGUUUUAUGUUCUCGAAUUGCGAAGUAUUACUCGCUGAAACUAUUUACGGAGAAGACUCGGAAAUCGCCUCAAGAAUGGGCGCCUUCGCACGAUGGAAGUCUGUUUCAUUACUCUUCUGGUAUGCAAGCUGUAAUGCUUGCAUUGGGGAUUUGUGAUAAAGUUAGUAUAUUUGGGUUUGGGAAAUCUGUGACAGCGAAGCACCAUUAUCAUACUAACCAGACGUCAGAGCUUCCUUUGCAUGAUUAUGAAGCAGAAUAUGCUUUCUACCGGGAUUUGGUUGAAAACCCAGAAGUAAUUCCGUUCCUUGUUAACAAAUUCAAAGUUCCUCGGGUGGUUAUGUAUCACUAA